AAAGAGAGAGAGAGAGAGAGAGAGAGAGGAUGAGGCAGCAGAGAAGCAAGAACCCAUCAGAAACCCUAACCAUGCCAGAAGAAGAAGAAGGAGGCCGAUUCUUCGCUUGCUAUCUUCUGACGUCACGCUGCCCCCGUUACAAGGGCCACACCUAUAUUGGAUUCACGGUGAAUCCACGGCGGAGGAUACGGCAGCACAAUGGGGAAAUUGGGCGAGGUGCUUGGAGGACCAAGAAGAAGCGGCCGUGGGAGAUGGCCUUGUGCAUUUAUGGCUUCCCAACUAACACUUCAGCUCUCCAGUUUGAAUGGGCCUGGCAGAACCCAUAUGUAUCAAAGGCAGUAAGGAAAGCUGCAGCAAACUUUAAAUCCCUCGGAGGAUUUGCCAAUAAGAUCAAACUUGCAUACACAAUGCUCACCUUACCGCCUUGGGAGAGCUUGAACCUCACCGUGAACUUUUUUUCAACUGAGCAUACCAAGCAUGCUGCUGGUUGUCCACGCCUCCCGGAACAGAUGAAGGUUAAAAUUUGCCCCAUGGAUGAGCUUCCUUCAUGUAUAUCAGAUGAUGUUUCGGACAAUGAAGAUGAGUGGUAUAAUGAAAAAGAAAAUGAUGAAACUAUGAAUAUCAGUACAUUAUCAGAACCUGUAGUUCCUAAUUCGGCAGAUGAUCAGCAUAAUGAUAUUGGCAAUAGAAGUAACGAAGUCUAUGCACAGGAUAAAGAAGUAGGAGAAGAUGAGUGGUAUAAUGAUAAGGUAUCUGAUGAAGCUAUGAACAGUGGUCUAUCAUGGGAAGAAACAUUAUCAAAUUUUAUGGUUCGUGAUUCAGCAAAUGACCUGGAAAUGGAUACUGGCAAUACAUCUAGUCAAGUUUCUAGAUGCAAUGAAGAAGUACAAGAAGAUAUCACUGGGGAAUUUAUCACAUCACCACUGAGAAUGCCAUACUCCAAUGUCAUUCCAUCAUUUGAUACAGAAGCAAGUAAGAAUAUAGGUUUGUUUGAUGACAGUACUGUCGAGUUGGAUCGACCUGCAAGGAAACAAUCACCAGCUAUAAUAGUUGCGGAUGAGGAACAGUCACCAAGAAAUAGUUAUCUCAGGCCUUGUGAUUCUGAGGUAGUGGAUUUGAUAACUCCAUCACCAUUGUGCAGAAAUGGUUUAUGUGGCAAGAAGAGUAGAGUUCCUACAUCUUAUCCUGAAAUUAUCGACCUGACCAAGUCUCCUAAUUUCAUCCAGUUAUAGAGAGUCGAACAUGAUUAUUACGAAUAAUUGUUGGAGCAAGCAAGUUUGCGACGAUGUUGUUGUUUGAUCGAUAAAUUUAGAUGAGUUAUUGUCAUCUUUGCCUGAUGGCAUGUUGUAAUCAGUGAGCAGCCUAAUAGUGCCAGUAGUUCGGUUUGAAUUUUUCAAUGCAAUAAAACUAAUUUUCUUUUUCUCAUCC